GAGGCAGGACACCCUAGCUCCAAAGACGACGCUACGUAGACCCUGGAGCGUUCUUUCUGGCACACCCUCCAUCCCACGAUGCCGCAGACUGGAUUAGCUGUCCUUGCAGUCUUGUCCUUGGCCUCCUGCCUCCACCCGGCUGAAGCCGUCCACAUCGUCCCCGUCCCCCCGAACCCCCCUGUGGGGCAAACGGUCACCCUUUCCGUGCGGGAUAUAGAGCAUCCCACUAUCUGCUUUUGGUUCCGGGGUAAUAAAUUUAACAAAAGUCAAAUGAUCAUCCAAGUUGAGUAUGGAAGAGUGGUCCAAAGAGGAGGGGGCGCCACAGGCCGCGAAAGUUUGGGGAACGACUGCGCCUUAGUCAUCCAACGCCUGCAGCCCUCGGACAACGGAGAGUACUACUUAGUCACCCUGCAAGGGAAUCGCUCAGGUCAACGUUGGACAGACGCCUUGGCACGGCUCCAGGUUUCUAACUGAAGCUGCUCGCCUGGGAUUCUUUACUCUCUACUUCUGGAGACCCCAGGAAAACGAAGAUGCAGUUCGCUGGCCAGUGGUG